GUUGUAGCCAAGAUGUAUCAUAGUCCCAUCAUCCUCUUCCUGGUGUGAGCGUGUUGACACAGCGCACCUAGAUCGGGUGGUGAAAACAAGCGGCUGCUGCCAGUGUUGGCCGAAAGUCACGGCUUUUAUGUGGACGCACGGUAACACGAAAAGCAGCCAUCAAGAAACGCUUGUCACUUGGUUUAAGACACGCGACACGCGUCACGCGACGUUGGACUGGAAACAACAAGUUUCGUGGCGCGACGACACGCUGUUGCACACGACUUUACCAUGAAGGCUCGCGCGAUAAGGUGACUGAAAGCUGUUGUCUUCCUACGUGUGUUUUUACUUGAAGAAAAUGAGGUUUCGGCUGCUCAAAAGGAAUGUGCUCGCACUGUUGGGUGUUUCCUUGGUCGUGGUGACGCUGCUGUCUUUAACACGUGUGUUAUUAGUCCCUGAUGAGGACGCAGCUGGACCUAAUGACGUCUCUCAGGUGAACGUGCGUCCUGUUGAAGCUGACAUGGUGAAAUUGAACUUUGCUUCUAUUCAAGAGCUGACUCAGUCUGUUUACAGCGCCAAUUACAAGCAGUGUGUUCUAAAUGCAGACAAGUUUCCAGGGGAGCCUGCUCUGGUGCUGGUUGUGCAGGUCCACAACAGGCCUGAGUACCUCCGACUGCUCAUCAAGUCCCUGGAGAGAGCUGCAGAGGUCCACAGCUUCCUUCUCAUCUUCAGUCAUGACUAUUUUUCAGAGGAAAUGAGCACCAUUGUGCAAGGGAUAACUUUCUGCAAAGUGCUGCAGAUUUAUUUCCCCUUUAGCACUCAGCUGUACCCCAACGAGUUUCCUGGGAAGGAUCCACAGGAUUGCCCUCGAGAUAUAUCCAAGGACAACGCUCUCAAAACAGGAUGCAUCAAUGCAGAACACCCGGACUCGUAUGGACACUACAGGGAGGCCUUCAUCACACAAACCAAACACCACUGGUGGUGGAAGCUGCACUUUGUGUGGGAGCGGGUUCAGGCCAUGCAGGGCUAUAGCGGCUUUGUCAUCUUUCUGGAGGAGGACAACUACAUCCUACCUGAUUUUUUCCAUUUCUAUAAAUCCAUGAUUGAGUUCAGAAAGAUCAGCUGCUCUGAUUGUGACAUGCUGGCUUUGGGGAACCACAAUGGCCUUACUGAUUUCACCAGACUGUCCAAUAAGGUGCUGACCACUGGGUGGAUGUCCACCAAACACAACAUAGGCAUGGCCGUCUCCAGGGAGAUGUACUACAAACUGAUGGGCUGCAACAACGAAUUCUGCACCUAUGACGACUACAACUGGGACUGGACUCUGCAGCACCUGUCAGGAACCUGCAUAUCGAAGCCCAUCAAGGUGCUGGUGGCGCAGGGCUCCAGGGUUCUCCACACGGGAGACUGCGGCCUUCACCAGAAGGAGAACUGCAGGCCGGAGUGGGCCUCACAGAAGGUGGAGGAGAGCCUGCAGACGGCCAAGGACGCCCUCUUUCCUCCAUCUCUCGUCCUCAGCGGUGCGGAGGCAGUGGAGCACAAGGCGCACAUGAAGAAUGGAGGGUGGGGGGAUGUUCGAGACCAUUUUCUAUGCAAUAACUACGCCACACGUCUUUGAACUUUUCUCUACACUGUAAAAAAAACUUUCUUUUAACUUAAAAACUUGAGUUUUGGGUCUGCCUUAAAUUUCUUGUUGACUUUAAUUUGAGAAGACAGGUUGAAUCAU